CUCUCCGCCGUGAACACAUCAAAUUGUUGGCGGUGUUGUCGUUGCCCAUGAUCGGAGGGAGUAGCGGGUCUAGCGCGCCGAAGCAAGAGGCGUCUUCCGUAGUGUCUGGUGGACCAGGUGGUAGAAACUUUGGUACCUCCACAUCAUCGGUUGUUAAGACUUGUUCUAGCUUUUGGCCUUGGCCGAGAUCCAUCAUCUUCCUGAAGAUAAGUGACUUGAGCUAGAAGUAGGGCCCUCAGGAUACGUCGAAAGAGGUGCGCUGCAAAUCUUGAUAGGCUUUCGCCUUUUUUUAGAAGGUGAAGGUUUAUAGGUCCAGCGACGCUUAAAGCUCGUCUUUCCCCUUCUUCUAACUUAAAUAGGUUUAUCCCUUCAUGCAAGAUAAGUGACUAGAAGUAGGGGGGUUCGUGCUCACAACGUGGCCAAAUUGAGAAGUAGGGCCGGGAAGUUAAGUGGUCGUUUCGUGCAUAUUACAGAUUUAGGAUACCCCUCUUCAGCUGACUAGCACUGAGACACUGAAAGACCACUAGACCUCCACUAGUACUCAUCUUCUAAGGGAGCUAUGUCGUCGUUUCGGGGGACACUAACCGAUGUUGACCGACUGUCGUCACAGCAGGUGGACUACAUGUGUACGGAAGUAGCUGCUGCGACUGCUUCACAGACGAAGGUUUCUCUAGGACGCGAUGGACCACGUCCAGGCGAUGAAGUUGUACACUCAUUUUUUAGCACAGGAACUUCGCACGCAGAUGAACCCGGACAUCAAAUAGGCGACAAGGACUCUAACCUGCCAUUGAGCAAGAAUUCUACUGUGUCGCUUGAUUUCGAGUGCCAACCUCCCUUAGCUCCGGAGUGUUCCGCUGUUUCGUACGCAGGAUCUACGGAGAUGAUGCGGGAUGAUGCGUCUUCAAAACUUUCUGGUGCUGACCAACCACCGGAUGAAGCUGUUACUGCUCAGGGUGACGAGAACAAGAGCACCUCUGCUCCUUCGAAGGCCCUUGAGGAACCAGCUAGUGAACGUCUUCAUUUCCAUCAUCCGAGCCGUCGCGAAUCACUUGGCAUCAAAUUUCAACCGCAUGUUAGGAGUAAAGAAAGCAGCGCCAAGCCGACAAGUAGUAUGCCUUCGAAAGAUGUCCAAGUUGUACAACUUCUAGAGGGUCAACAACUUAGUGCAAUCCCUGGAGAGGUAGAAACGCAAACGCUACAAGUAGGAAACGGGGAAAGUACUGGUAAAGGAGUAACAGGUCUUUCUCAACAAGCAGGCAAUGGUGCAACUGCAGCAAUUGCGAGCGCCAGCGGAGGUGCUGCAAAUGCAAAUGGAGCCAGCUCUUCACCAGCUGCAAAUCCACAACAAGCAACAGAGGAAGAUGAGAAACGACUUUUGAGGAAUGCUCGUAGUUUCAACAUGUUAGAACCCACAAAUUUCGUCCUCAGCCCCGAACUGAAUCAACCCUCUCUAGCACGCGUGGGCUCAUCAAAAACUAGUUUGGAAGUGUUGCAACAAAGUUUCACCAAUAGAGAUUUUGUUGCCGGCGGAGAUUCACCUAGUAAUGCUAGUGCAGUACAUGGACAAGCUGGAGGUGCUGGAGCUGCAUUCGAAUUAAAAGUACUAGAAGCAACGUCGACGUCUACUAGUUCUUCUCGGGGGCGGCCAGUACCAGGCACAGAUACAGCAGACAGAGGGAGCAACCUCCUUCUAGGCGAAGUAGAUAACAGCCCUUGCAAAAGCGCACCUCGUUCCCCAGGUGGCCGGAUUCUGAGUGCCGGUUACGCCAACGUCAUGAAUCCACUGUAUUUAAGGCUCAAUACAAAUCAUUUCUAGUACAUCACGACAUUCUUCACAGUUUCCCUCUUGGGAUUCUGAAGAAAUGACAUCAGCGAGAAUGAAUUGUUUUGAGCUCUAGUGUAUGGCCAGUUCCCUGACCUGUUUCACGAUAAAUGGUCAGAACAUGCGGAGUCUCAAAGUGGUUCUGUUCUGUCCCCAUUGCUCGACGAGGACCACUCGAGUGGGCCGAACACAACACGUCCUGCGUCACCAGAUGGACUCGUGGUCACUAAGCAUCUCGAGAACUACAGGGUUUUGGGAGUACCUACUCAACAAGAGGCUCCAGGAGGUCGAGAUGCACUCGUCAACGUGAAGAAAAAUCCUCCAACAACAACAAGUAGCAGACCUGCUAACCUAGCUGCACCGCCUCCAACCAUUACAGGUGGUCCUCAUGAUGGUACCACAUCAGGAGAAACAGGCGCCAUUAUUGAUGGAAGUGCUGCAGCUAUAUCGCCGAUGUUGUCGCCGGCGCCAUCUCCUCUGGCUCCGACAGCACAGAAGCUUACACGAGCAAAAAGAAGCGUGGCGAGAUCAAGCGACUUGAACCCAAUCAACCCAUGUGGAGCUUGCAUGGAAUGGCUGCGGAAAAUUAGUGAAAAAGAGCCUAGUUUCCGUGUCAUAACAUUCGCGAGCAUGGCAUGUGAACGAAUUUUCGUAAAACGCAUAGAUGCUUUGUCAUAGUUGUCAUGAUAAGACAAAGACAUGUCUAAUACUAAUUAAAUGAAAGGCGCCAGCGCUUGAAUAAGAACGAACAUUGUACCAGAACAGGAACCUUCUCGAUCCAGCUAAAUGAAUCAGCAGAACCAUGGGAUUCCGGAAAUUAACAGUCUGGGACACCUCGUUUGUUCCGGCAGUUCAUGGGGGAGAUGCUCAUUUGAUAAGAAGAAAAUCACUGCAGAAAAGUCGUUUCGCAGUUGCCAAAUUGAGGCACUUCAAUUAUUAACGCAUAGAUGCUUUGUCAUAGUUGUCAUGAUAGGACAUAUCUAAUUAGAUGAAAGGCGCAAAUCAAGAUUGGCUACUCUACAGUGGCUUAGGUCCAGCGACGCUUAAGGUCUUCUUAGGGAGGACUUGCUACCCUCCCUACACCGGUUCUGAUAGGCUGACUGAUGUAGAAUCUCGGGGUAUAGGGUGUACGCAGGUCUUCCCCUCUUCUGGCUGGGCUAGCCUUUUUUGAUCCCUUCCCCCCCUUUUUUGUUAGAUUUUCAAUAUUUCCCUGACUAUGUGACUCUCAUCUGGUCUUGCUUACUUCAGCUCUUCUAGCGUGGUACUUUCUCUUGAGUUUGUACUUAACUACAAUCACCAUGAUAGGACAUAUCUAAUUAAAUGAAAGGCGCUAGCGCUUGAACUGCUCAUGCAGUUUGAAUCGAUUUCAUGCGCCCGGUAGGUAGCCCCACAACUAAGGUCGUGACUGUAGUUGCACUUUCAAACGUGCUACUCAUCCUCGGAUCUCUUCAUCUGCACCUUGUGAAAUUGUUGUCAUAGUCUGUCAUAGCUGCAAGAUACUUGUUUAUAAUAAUGUAGGUGUAGCGGUUAUCGUUAUCUUCAUCUGUGCUCCUUGAUGAUGUUUUGUUGUUUUGUGCUUUCUCAGAAGCAUGCAAGCUUCUUUUACUGUUAUGGGUCCCUCUCCAAAGGUCCCUCUCCAAAGUCUAUCGAUGUGGUGCAGUAGCACCAUAGAGAGCGCUCUCAACAUCAUGUGGCUGCAUAUCGGAUGUCCUCCUGUGUGAAGCGACAAAAACUUCGAAAAUUACAGUAUGCUCUAUAGCAAAAACAACUACUCGAGGGCCUUCAUCUUGAUCUGCGCACUCUUCCCUAAGCUGCAGGCGACCUAGGAACAUCGAAACUACUGUUCGAGCG